UUACCCAUGGUCGGGUAAUGCCCAUGAUUUCAAUCUCAUUUGUUACUCGCAGGCAACAACACUUGUAACUACUUGCAUAGAAUAGCAAAUAUUUCUGGAAUAACUUGUGCCAAAAAGUCAUCACAACGAAAGAAACAAAACUAACCUUGCCCUCAUUUCGGUUAGAACACACAUUUCGAUAUGGUUGAGGAAGGUGGUUGUCUGAGACAAAAGGGCGCAUCAGUAGUUAAUAUUGCGAAUGUCAAGGGCGGCAGAUAUGUGUGGACAGAUAGGGAAUUGCUAAUGCAUUUACAAAACUACACACCGCUAAUAUUGUUAAUUGACUUUGUGGAAAAAACGCGCACUAAGCGCUUUUAUGAAACUUCCGAACGUUACGAGAUUUUAAUGCUACUCUUCAUCAUGCGGAAGGGUGCACCAUUUUGUGAGAAUAAACGUUUUCCAGAGGAGUACUGGGUGAAUCUAUCGGUUGGACCAAUUGCGGAAGCUUUUGAUCGUUUGCAAGCUGCCAUUGAUAUACCUGAUCCACAACUGCCAAUACAUAUGAGUGUUACUGAUUUAACAAGCUGGAAGCAAAUGUUUGAUGCUUCAAUGAUGGAUAUAAGACGUUUUGCAUACUUCACAGAUCCAGUGCAGUUAGCUGACAUUGGUGUGUACAAUCGGUUGACAUUCGAAGAGCGUUUCGGACUUCAGUGGAAGGAGUAAUAUUAACUUAUGUUAGAGAGGAGAGAAGCAGCAUAAAAAAAAACACGUAGCUAACAACAAUAAGUAGAGCAUGUUUAUCAACCUGUUGUUGUCAUUCAAUAGUAUAUAUGUAUAUAUAUAUACUUAUAGUUUUUUUAACAAAUGUUUGAAAUUAAAAUUUGUGCCUUUCAACAUGCAAACCUUUUUCGUGCAGUAUGUGUACUUUGCCAAAGUGAUAAACUUAAAAUAUGUUA